AUGCCUCAAUUAUGUCGGCUAGGACAAGCAGACUACGCGGUUGAUGGGCAUUUUUUGAACUUGGCUCCCUCGAGCUCAAAACUCCCUGCUGAAAGACUGAGGCUGAGGAAAUGGGAACAGGAUCACCCGGGAGGCUCAGUUAACAUUCUAUCAGGAGGUUCAUCUACCGUCAGCAGCCAGUCACGAUCGGGUCCCUCCUCAGUGACUGUAUUUCAGUCUUCAGGCAAGGUCGUCGCAUCCAGUGCCGGGAGCAUGACAAGUUUGAAUCGUGUUCCGACUCUCUCGGGCGGCUCUCAAGGCUCGCAUUCCUUCGAGUCCAUAGACACAAGGAUGGCACCGGAGAUGGAGGCGGCACGUCUCUUGGAGGAUGAUGGCACUGGUAUCCUUGUAGCUCCCUCUGGCUCACAGUCACGGUUGAGUUACCAUUGCCUGUUCUACAUUCUCGGGUGCGAGGAGGAGCUCGAUAAUGUCGAGCAAUGGAAAGUGCAUCUUCUGAGUCAUUUUAGAACGCAUCCGCCGCCAGAGACUGUUAGCUGCCCCAUUUGCCGCCAGGUCUUUGAGGGGCAAAGUGCUUGGGAUUCUAUGCUCGACCACAUAGUCGAGGGCCAUCAUCAGAACGGACAAACGCUGGCCAUGUACAGGCCGGAUUUCGAGCUGAUGCGGUAUUUGUAUCGCUUGAAGAUCAUUACUCAGGCUCAGUUCAAGGCAAUAGAAUUCCUGCCACCAGCCAGUCCUACCUCCCAUCAGCCUCAAGGCGCUAUUCGAGCAAGCAUUGGCACCUUUGAUGAGCCCCUCUAUGCUCCAUACAACCGACGUCGGGAACAGAGAAUGCGAGAGCAACGCCGUGGUAUCGGCGUUGCGUGA